AGAAAAAAAGAAAACUCACACCGACAAACGACGGCGAGAAAAAGAGCGAGGGAAAAGUCGAGAGGGAAGCUAAAGUCAAAAAGCCAGAUGAAAAAGUUGGAUACUGAAGAGCUAACCAACCAAACACCAGAAUAUUCUCUUUAAAUCAUGCCGCUGCACAAAUCAACCCGGGCACCUCGCCUGGACCCCACCAUGAUCUCAGCUCCACUGGGUGACUUUCGCCACACCAUGCACAUUGGGAGAGGAGGUGAUGCCUUUGGGGACACCUCCUUCCUGUCCACUCUUGGCCCGAGCUCGGCCAGCCCUGACCCGGGGAGUUCAGGGAUGACGCCAGAUGCAGAUGCUCAGGUGGCAGUCAACCACAGUGAUCUUCAUACAGACGCUCCAGGAAGCCCACAGAACAAUGAGCUUCAGCACUCAGAGUCAGUGUCUUCAUUCGACCUGGAUCUAGAUCUAGGCCCGUCUAUGCUGGGGGACGUACUCGGGGUGAUGGACGGUUUGGGGCUCGACGAGGAGGAUGUGUUCAACCCCAAAAGUGGCACAUCCUUGGAAAAAGAGGCCAUGGAGAAGUCUGUGAACAUGCAGAACGAGCUGAAUGGGAAAAACUUGGUUGGGUUGGAUGUGAACCAGGUGGGAGACAGCAGGAUAGCAGAUGGGAACGGGAGCAAGCCGAAGGGGCUACGACCAAAAGUGCGAUUCAGUGACAAACGAGAGGAGAUAAUUCGCCUAGCAUCCGAAGAGGAAGAGGGUCAAGGGUUUGACUUCCAGGAUGAGGAUCAGCUGGCGUGUCGUAGUCCAACGAGGGGUGAGAGUGAGAGCGUAGUAGGGGGAGGUGAAACCGAGGUCACCAAUCACAAAGUAGAUUUGCCACCUAGUCCGGCCUCAUCACAUAGCUCAGAGUAUGAAGGAGUCACCCUAUUGGACAGGAGGAGGGUUGACAGCUGCCACUCAGAGACUGAUUCAGAGGAGGAGGAAGAGGGACGGGGCUACACAUUUGAAGAUGAGUUUGAUGAUGAAAUUGGUCUAUAGGGGAUAGGUACGGUUUCCCCUUGAAAACAGAUCUUUGCUGUCAAGUAAAUCAAGUAUACUGUAUUUUCCUAAACUCAUAAUUUCAGCAUCAUUUGAAUGGGAGUCUUACACAGAUUGCAAACUGGGAGAUUUACAGUUUGACGACGUUACUCAACUGGAAAAGACAUUUUAUGUUUUAUCUGUGAGGGUAGCAGAUUUGCAAUAGUAAUUUUGAUCAGAAAAAUCUAUUUGUUAUCGAGGAUAUUACAGUGAAAGGUUUGUAGCACUUUGAUUUAUUUCAUUGACCUGGAAGCUUUGCUAUGACAAACUAAAUUAAUGACGCUUGUGUUGUCAAUUUACAUUUUUUCUUAUUUGCCAUCUGAAGCACACACACAGGUGUUUGCGCUUUAUGUUAUAGUGCCUUAAAGAGAGCUGUAUUCUUACAUUAUUGUACCAUGUGCUAUAUCAAUGUCUUAAUAAUUAAUUCUCAUACUGCAUGUUUAUUACAAUCUCCAUGUCUUCUCUUUGUUAAAUGCAUUUAAUGAGCUUUACAAAUGGAUCCCAGAGACAAGUCAGAAAGGUUAUCCUGUGUUUAAUUAAUUACUGUGAAUUUGUCACAUUCCAACUCUGACAAGUUUCUCUGGUUCCGUUUAAAACUUUGGUUUCCAUAGUGCAGUUAUUAAGCAUGUUUUCAAGUUACCAAAGCGUUUCUUUGGGCUGUGGGGCUGGACUAAUAGUCCAAUGCUAAGACAAUCAUGGGAUUUUAAGGUCAAUUGUAAAUUAGGACCAGCGAUGUAUUUUUGUACAUGUUUGCUUGUAUAAUGUUUGUAUUUUAUUUCACAAUGCUGUAAAAAAGGGAGAGACCAUUAUGCUCAUCUGUUAAAUGCUGGUUUAAACACAUUUGUUAUCCUUUGGUUUAAUACGGAUUAAAGUGAAAACAAUAAAACAGUUAUUGGGAUUUUGAAA